UCCAUGUUUAAAAAUGGAACGCAUCGCCAUACAUCUGUCAAAACAAUAGUGAAGUUAGUUAGUGAGUGAAGUGCGUGCGAGUGUUUGUUGUGAUGGCCCUCAGGUCUGUGAUGUCGUGUAAAAUACCAAUGGUUGUUAUAUUAGGAGCUACGGGAACGGGAAAGACUAAGUUAGGUGUGGAGUUAGCUCAAAAAUUUGGUUCAGAAAUAAUAAGUGCCGAUUCGAUGCAAAUUUACAAAGGCCUGGACAUCGUAACUGCUAAAGCAACUCCUAAAGAACGGGAGAUGGUACCGCAUCACCUACUCGACAUCCUAGAGCCUCACCAGAUUUUCACUGUUGUUGACUUCAGGAAUAGAGCGCUGAAAAUUAUUGAGAAUCUCACGGAGAAAGGCAAAAUACCCAUAAUUGUGGGCGGUACAAAUUAUUACAUAGAGUCAAUAGUUUAUAAGAUACUAGUUGAGGAUAUGAACGAUGCGGACGAAUUACUUUGGGAUAAAAGUAAAAGAAAAAGAGAUUUUGAUGAAAGUGAAUCAACAGAUGAAGAGAAUGGUCAUAAAAAAGUAGCUAAGGAAACAAAUUGUACCAAAGACUUAUCAGGUGAAAUGCCAGAUGCUAAAGUAUCUACGUCAGCAAUAAAUCCGAGUCUGGGCAAUAUAGAAAUAAAAGACAUAAGUAAGGAGCAGUUAAAAGAAGAUGUUGAUAAUGAAAGCAAGUUUACAAAUGAAGAAAUUCAUGCAAGAUUGAAAGCGAUAGAUCCUGUAAUGGCAUCAAGACUCCAUCCGAAUAACAGGCGAAAAGUGCUGAGCUGUGAUUCUUGCGUCUCAUUGGGUUCUUUGCAUAUUUGCUCCGUACAACCAAACUCAUACGCAGAGCUAACACUUAAUGUUUUCCUGGCGGCCCUGGAACGGUUUCUCGAUGUUCUGGGGCCGCUGGUGGGGCAGCUAGCUCCCCUUCAGGUUUUCGUAGCCGGCGACCUCAAUGCCAAGUCCACGGCUUGGGGAAAUCCGGUUACGAACCCAAAAGGGAGGGAGGUAGAGGAGUGGGCGCUUGCUGCCGGACUAUCCCUGCUCAAUGUGGGGGCAGUCCAGACGUGCGUGCGUUGGUCGGGAGGUUCCGUGGUAGACGUCACGUUUGCCACGCCAGCUAUCGCACGCAGAGUGGAGGGGUGGAGGGUGGAAACGGAGGUGGAGACUCUCUCGGACCAUCGAUACAUAAGGUUCGAGGUGUCUCCAGCUCCCGUCCGUCCGGCGUCAUCGUCGUCGUCAACGUUGUUUAGGGGGUGUAGCCAGUUUCCACGUUGGGCACUCUCCAAGCUCAACCGGGAACUGGCAGAGGAGGCCGCAAUCGUCGGCCGCUGGAGUCUCCCGCCAUUGCUGGAGUUUGGGGUGGAUGAGGCGGCUAACCGGCUCUGUGACACAUUUACCGCUGUCUGCAGAGCGGCCAUGCCGCGCGCGAAGCGUCUACCCCAACGGCGGGCGCUCUACUGGUGGUCGGCUGAGAUAGCCGGUCUCCGGGCCGCCUGCAACGGGGCCAGGAGGCAAUAUACUCGGAGCAGGCGGAGACGCCCCCAGGACGUGGACAGGGACGACAGGCUGCGCAGGAUCUACGUGGAGAAAAGGAAGAUCCUGCAGCAGGCCAUAUGCCGAGCCAAGGAGGAGGCCUGGCUGGAGUUAGUUGGGGGUCUAGAGAGAGACCCCUGGGGCCGACCGUAUAAUUGGGCGCGGAACAAGCUCCGCGCC